CGCUCUCUAGAGUGUUACAGUAUAAAUACACCGCGUGAACGCGAGUAACGUCAUUCGCCGUAUCUCACUAAGACUGAUUGAGUCGACGUGAGAGUUGUUUAACAAAUAAUUUUUCAGUGUUUUUAUUUUUAACGGACAGACAGACGAUCAAACAUUAUGCGUGAAUGUAUUAGUGUUCAUGUUGGACAAGCCGGAGUCCAGAUUGGAAAUGCAUGCUGGGAGUUGUAUUGCCUGGAACACGGGAUCCAGCCUGACGGUCAGAUGCCCUCAGACAAAUCUAUCGGGAAAGCAGACGACUCUUUCAACACUUUCUUCAGCGAGACUGGUUCCGGAAAGCAUGUACCAAGAGCCGUAUUUGUAGACCUGGAACCAACUGUCAUCGAUGAGAUUCGAACCGGUGCGUACAGGCAUUUGUUCCAUCCGGAGCAACUUAUUAAUGGAAAGGAGGACGCGGCAAACAACUAUGCACGUGGUCAUUACACCGUGGGCAAGGAACAUAUCGACCAAGUCCUCGACAGGCUUCGAAAAAUAGCAGAUGCUUGCAGUGGUCUUCAGGGUUUCUUAAUCUUCCAUAGCUUCGGCGGCGGCACAGGUUCAGGGUUUUCUUCCCUCUUGAUGGAGAGGCUAAGCGUCGACUAUGGUAAGAAGUCAAAACUCGAGUUUGCUGUCUACCCGGCUCCACAAGUUGCGACGGCCGUCGUCGAGCCGUACAACGCCAUAUUAACGACACAUACCACUUUGGAACACUCCGAUUGCGCGUUUAUGGUCGACAACGAGGCUAUCUAUGACAUAUGUAGACGUAACCUAGAUAUUGAACGCCCUAGCUACACCAAUUUAAACCGUCUGAUCAGUCAGAUCGUUUCCUCAAUCACAGCCUCACUCCGCUUCGACGGGGCCCUGAACGUAGAUCUUACUGAAUUCCAGACCAAUUUAGUACCUUACCCGCGAAUCCACUUUCCUCUUGCUACCUACGCCCCAGUUAUUUCUGCCGAAAGAGCUUACCAUGAACAAAUCUCGGUCGCUGAAAUCACAAAUGCAUGUUUCGAGCCUGCCAACCAGCUCGUCAAAUGUGAUCCACGUCAUGGUAAGUACAUGGCUUGUUGUCUUUUGUACCGUGGUGACGUGGUUCCAAAAGACGUCAACGCCGCCAUUGCUUCCAUCAAGACGAAGAGAACCAUUCAGUUUGUAGACUGGUGCCCGACUGGCUUCAAGGUUGGUAUCAAUUACCAACCACCAACUGUGGUUCCUGGCGGAGAUUUGGCAAAGGUCCAACGUGCCGUUUGCAUGCUGAGUAACACGACUGCCAUAGCGGAAGCUUGGGCCCGGCUUGACCAUAAGUUUGAUCUUAUGUACGCCAAGAGGGCGUUUGUUCACUGGUACGUGGGUGAGGGUAUGGAAGAGGGCGAGUUCUCCGAGGCGCGCGAGGAUUUAGCUGCCCUUGAGAAGGAUUACGAAGAAGUCGGUGUUGAUACUGCCGAUGACAACUGUGCAGAUGAAGAGGAAUAUUGAACGAAAACUUGACCAUAUAUUUUUACUCGUGAAAACAACAACAUAACAACUUGGAUUUCAAUAAUUUAAAUAUAUCGUUCAGAAUGUUUAUUCCAAUCUGAUAAAAAAAUUGAACACAACUUUUAAACAAUUUAUGUUAUGAAAAGAUUAUUGAUUUUAAUUUGGAUCUGUGUUUAUUUUACUACAAGUAUGUAUAACCAUAAUAGAUUAUGUAAGUUUUGCUGGAAAUAAUGACAGCGCUGGGGUCUUUUUCUUUUUUUGUCAAAAAUUCGACAAGAAAU